AUGACGACAAAUUCUACAUGUGAUUUUCAACAACUCAUGUAUCUCCUCGAUACAAACGAUCUCGAGGAAGUCCGUUCAUUACUGAAACAUGAGAAUGGCGUCAAACGAAUGAAUCUUUUCGAUAAAUUCGACAACGAUAAUAACACUUUACUUCAUCGGUAUAUUCUUCGCAAUCAAGCUGAUGCUGUUCAUCUAUUACUGGAAUGUGGUGCAUCGGUUUAUGCAGUCAAUAAAUAUGGAUGGUUACCAAUUCACGUAGCUGUUUAUUGUGGAGCGAAUCAACUUAUAAUAAAGUAUCUUUUAGAGUUUUCAAAAAGAUCGAUGUGA